AUGACUGGACGGACGGGUGAAGUCGGUCACCUCAAGAUUCGAGCUUGCUUGCUGCUGAUGGUGUGCCUGUGGCAGUGGACACAGCAAACCCUGGCAACACCCUGCCGGGACGGUGAGCUGAGAAUAAUCAGUAAAGACGAAAAGAAAUGCUGCCCCAAAUGCAGCUCAAGCACAGGAGACAACAGCACAUGUCAAGAUAUUGAGGACCAUGACUGCAAAUGUCGUCAGGGAUACAGCUGUAUUGAUAGCGCCUGUCUCUACUGCAAAAAACUGCCUGAAUGCGGAGAAGGCGAGGAGCUGGUUAAGCUUGGCAUUUUAGACUUCACAUUCAAAUGUAAACCAUGUGAGACAGGAACCUAUUCUAAUGUUAAGAAUGGCUGGUGCCGUAACUGGACUGAUUGUGAAAGUUCUGGGUUUCUAACAAUCAAGCAAGGCAACAGUACACAUAAUGCAGUAUGUGGUUUCCCUUCUAAAGAUUUGGAGCAAGCUCCUAUUACAAAUGACUCUCUAUACACCACCAUCCUGGCCAUCCUUACUGCAGUGGCUGUAUUUGUUCUCAUCCUGCUGACCUUCUUCUUGCAUCUCUGCAUAUGGUCACUGAAGAAGGAAAAAUACCACACAGUUGAUGAUCUGGAACAUAACUUCCCUAGGCUGCCGGUGGCUCCACAACUGGCGCACCAGAGAGAAGAGACUUACAGCUGUCAGUUUCCAGAAGAAGAACAUGGAGACAAAACCCCAGAAGAAAAGCCUUGCUAUUUCCACUCGCAGAGUUUACAACGGGAACAGAUAAAUUGCAAUAUGCUGUGA